AUGGCUUCCAGCACGACAUCCCUCAAGCUCACCAGCAAGAAUUUAUCCUCAAUCUCUUCGCAGCAGGGAGAUCAGAGGGUGGAAAUCCCUACCUAUGACCGUAAUGACGUCAGGGAAGGAAUUGUUCACGUCGGCGUCGGUGGCUUCCACAGAGCACAUUUGGCUGUCUAUGUCGACCAAUUGCUGCAGAAGCACGGUGAGCGCAACUGGGCUAUCUGCGGCGUCGGUCUCCGACCCAACGAUGUUGCCAUGCGCGAUGUCUUGAGUUCGCAGGACCACCUAUACACCGUCAUUGAGCGAUCUGCCCAGGGCAGCUUCGCCAACGUUGUCGGCAGCAUCAACUCGUUUCUAUAUGCACCUGAUGACCGAGAGGCCGUCAUUGCCAAGAUGGCACACCCCGACACUCACAUUGUGUCCUUGACCAUUACUGAGAGUGGCUACUACUACAACGAAAACACUCACGAGCUAGUGUCUGACCAUGCCGACAUCCAGCAUGACCUGGCCAACGAGAACUCUCCCGUCAGCACCUUUGGUUUCCUCUAUGCUGCACUGGCCAGGCGUCACCAGCAGGGCCUGAAGCCCUUCACCGUCUUGUCCUGCGACAACAUGCAGAAGAACGGCUCCAUCACUCGUCACAUGCUUGAGUCCUUUGCUCGUCUCCGCAACCCGGAUCUUGCCAAGUGGAUUGCUGAGGAGGGAGCAUUCCCCAACGCCAUGGUCGACCGCAUCACUCCCAGCACCUCUCAGAACGACAUCAAGUCGCUGGCAGAGAACUUUGGCAUCGAGGACGCGUGGCCAGUUGUCACAGAGCCCUUCAUGCAGUGGGUCGUCGAGGACAAGUUCUGCGAUGGCCGCCCACCUUUUGAGAAGGUCGGCGUCCAGGUCGUCAAGGACGUGCACGAUGUGGAGCAGUUUGAGAUGCACAAGCUCCGUCUGCUCAACGCCAGCCAUUCCGCCAUGGCCUACCCGGGACAGCUUGCCGGCUUCAAGUACGUCCACGAGGUCAUGGAGCACCCCAUCUACCGCAAGUUUGUCUGGCAGAUGAUGCAGGACGAGGUCAAGCCUCUGCUGCCUGACAUCCCCGGCGUGGAUAUUGACCAGUACUGCAACACCCUCAUGGAGCGUUUCUCCAACCCUACCAUUAUGGACCAAAUUCCUCGGGUCGCCCUCAACGCCUCGGGCAAGAUCCCUCAGUUCAUCAUGCCUUCCAUUGCUGAGCAGAUAGUGAGAACUGGUCCCUUCCGUCGCUUGUGUUUCGUUGCAGCUGGCUGGUUCCGCUACGUCAACGGUGUUGACGACAAGGGCAACUCGUUCGAGGUCGAUGACCCUAUGCGAGAGGAGUUGCAGGCCCUAGCUAAGGCAGGUGGUAAUGAUCCCCGCCAAAUACUCAGCGUUAAGACGUUGUUCGGUGACGACUUGCGAGGUGACAAGCGCUUCCUUGAUGAGGUCUCCACAGCUAUGGAGCUUAUUGCUCGGGACGGCGUAAUGGCGACCAUCCCUCAGUACGUCGACUAA